UCUAAACAAUGGAACAAAUAUUGUUAUACACGGACAAAGAAUAAAAGAUUGAAAUCAUUACAGCUUCCGGUGGUCUGGGCGAUGGCAAGGGAGGCUUCCCCGCCCUCUAUCGAUCGCUUCAGGCGCCAGCUGUAUUUUGUUAACGCUGAAGGGUAGUCGUGUGCGUCCAAGAUACGAGUGUACUGGUUUCGACUGGACAGAAUUUACGGAUAUUUUUAUAAAUAUCUAACGCUCUUCGUGUCGAUAUUUAGCUCAGCUAAAUUAAUGUUGAACUAACAUAGCUAUACUCCAUACAACUCCGUACUUCAUUCACACUGUAUGGGUGACGUUUCACCAGACUUCAGUACAUUCAUACGAUUCUUAAUGGUAUCCUAUCAAAAUAAGCCAAAUACUUUAAAACUAAACAGCGUGGCUAGAGAGUUAAGCCGAUAUUCUGCCAGAGAUCCAAGAUUAAGACGAUAAAUAAAUAAAAAAAACACACUGCCAGUAUUAUAAUCAAUAACUAAUCAACUUAGAAUGGAAUUAGAUCGUAGAGAUUCAAAUAUUUUAAAGAAUAGCAGAACUCCUAAUGAUUUAGUGCAAUCUGAGGAUAUAAGAGAAUCGCUUCUAUCAGAAUCCACGUCAGGUAUUUGUGGAGAUGAAGAGCAAGAUAGUAAUUACGAAACGAACUCAUUCUCCAGCGUCGAAAUAGAAAUAAGCAACAAAGAGGGUAUUUUAUCUUUUGGUACUAAAAAGCAUAAAGAAGGUAGCAAAUUCAAAUCACAAUUUAAAGGAGUUGGUUACCGCGUCGGUGAUAGUAAGUCAAGCGAUCACUUUAUUAAUAUCACUAUAAAUCCAAACGACGAAGGGAAAGAGGUCCGUGUGGUAAACAAAAAUGCCGAUAUAAAACCUAAGAUACCUGAUGGAGGUUGGGGAUGGAUUGUUGUGAUGUCAUCUUUUGUUAUAUCUAUGAUAGCUGAUGGUAUCAGCUUCUCCUUUGGUCUACUUUAUAUUGAAUUCCUGGAUGAGUUUAAAACGAGCAAAUCUAUGACAGCUUGGAUCGGUAGCCUCUUUAUAGCCGUACCACUUCUCUCUGGUCCGGUGAUGAGCGCUUUAGUUGAUAGAUACGGAUGCCGCAGCAUGACUAUUUUAGGUGGAUUAGUAUCAGCGCUUGGAUUUGCCCUAGCUUCUUUGUCAAAUACUAUUGAAAUGAUGAUGAUAACAUUUGGAGUGAUUGCCGGAUUGGGUCUCGGAUUAGUUUAUGUCACAGCUGUAGUUUCUAUAGCGUAUUGGUUUGAGAAGAAGAGGAACUUAGCUGUAGGUCUCGGGGCUUGUGGUACAGGUGUCGGAACAUUCGUGUAUGCCCCAAUGACUCAGUACUUCAUAGAAGAAUAUGGCUGGAGGGGUACUAUUCUAUUAUUAUCUGGGACACUUCUUAAUUUAUGUGUUUGUGGCUGCGUUAUGAGGGACCCGGAGUGGUGGAUACAAGAACAAAAGAAACAGCGAAGUGAAGAUAAAUCAAACUACAGUAAAGACGAAAGUAAAUCUAGAAAUUCUAGUUUUGCAUCGAUAGGAAAUCCUUACAUAUUUGAUUUUGACGCACCAACGAGAGGUGUAGGUAUGAAACGGUUAAUAACAAAAGGAGUGUCACCGGAAAAAGUUAUAAAAGAUGAAGCUGACGCUAUAAAAAGAUACGAAAAUAUUAUAUCCUAUACGAAAAGGAAUUUACUAAAGUCAAGAUCUAUGGAUAACUUACCUAGCUAUCUUACAUAUGACGACAAGAGAUCGAAGAAAAUGCUGGAAGCCAUAGUAAAAACCAUAAGCAAACAAUAUGAAAUUGACGUCAAACAUCCAACUUUUAUACACACAAAUAAAACAGAGGUACAAAAACUAAUAGAAGGCAAUGAAAACACGGACCCACCGGCAGUUGCUUAUACUGAUCAAUUUCUUCAACGAACACGAUCUGAAAAAUAUGGUAACAACAAAGAAAACUCCUUAAAGAAAUAUCAAUUGAAGAAUUAUCAAGAAAUCGAAGUGACUAAGUUCUUAGAUUCUGAGGCAAAGAUUAACAAGAUUGAAAAACAAGACAGUAAAGAAAAUCGACGGGACUGGUUCAAGAAACAAUUGUCAGUGAAUCAUCAUUACUUGAAAGAUUUGAAAAUGCCGAUAAAUUCAAUAAGUCAUAGGAACGCUUUGUUGAACAUAAAGAGAUAUCGACUUAAGGCAUCGUCAUGUCCAGAUUUAUUCAAAAAUUCCAUGAUAUCUGUUAACGAAAAAGAAGAGAAAUGGAACGAAGAUUGUGUAAAUUGUCUCUCCGAUAUGUUCAAUGUGACUUUGUUCAAGAAGAUGACAUUCAACCUUUUGUGUCUGGGCACAUUGCUAUUGUUCAUCUGGUUCAUUGUACCGUACUUCUAUUUGGCUGAGCACAUGACACAGAAAGGUUAUUCCGAAGACGAUGGAGCUAUGAUGUUGAGUAUAAUUGGUAUAACAAAUACCAUUGGUAUGGUUGGUCUUGGAUGGAUCGGAGAUUUCCCUAAAGUGUCUAUAGGAAACUUGUAUGCAGUUUGUCUUAUCCUCUGCGGCGCAUCAGUUGCUGCCUUACCUUCAUCAUUAUCUAAUUAUUGGAUUUUAGUAUCUAUAUCUUCAGCGUUUGGGUUGCUUUUUGCUGCAUCGUUUACUUUCACACCGAGUUUAUUAGUUAAAUUGGUAUCAUUGGAUGAUUUUACUUCAGCAUAUGGAUUGGUUUUGUUGGCGCAAGGAAUUGGUCAUUUAAUCGGACCACCUUUGUCAGGUCUAAUUUAUGAUUUAACAUUCUCAUGGGAACUGGCUUUUUAUUUAGCUGGCGGAUGGAUUAUUGUAUCUGGAGUUCUCAUAUUUUUCAUACAACCUGUGAAGAAUUGUCAAGAAAAUCGCCUGAAUAUAGAAAAUCAGAAUACAUCUAGUCAAGCUUAGUUUCAACAUUCUUUGAAGCGCGUAGUAAAUCAAAAAUAGAAAAAUUAGCUUCGC